CUAACCGGUGCUAAAGGCUGGAUUGUCCCUUCGCGCUUUCCGUAGAGGGAAACAAACGUCACGGGUCAAAGUUGAGACUCAGAAGACAGAAACAUGGCGACGGAGCAGAGGAGGAGAACUCCCAAAAACUCCCAAAAAGGUGAGAAACGUGUGAAAGCGCUAGGUGUUGAAGAAGAAGCCAGAAGGAGAGAGGAAGUGAAGGAGGAGCUGAGGCAGAGGCUGGAGCUGGAGAAGAGAGCCCUGCAGGUGGUGGAGCGUCUCCUUGACGACAGUGUGGCUGAAGACUUCCUGGUUGACUGUGCCAAAUUCAUCACUCCAGCUAAUUACAAAGAUACUAUAGAGGAAAGAAUGAUCGCUAAACUGUGUGGUUAUCCCAUAUGUCCAAACAAACUGGGCAAGAUCCCAACUCAACAGUUUAAAAUUUCUACUAAGACCAAUAAAGUGUACGACAUUACAGAGCGCAAGUGUUUUUGCAGUAACUUCUGUUAUAAAGCCUCCAAAGAGUUUGAACUACAAAUAUCAAAGACUCCUCUCUGGCUCAGGCAGCAUGAGAGCCCUCAAGAAAUUAAACUGGUGAAGAAAGGAGAUGGUGGGAGCUCUGGUGAGGUGGUGAUUCUAUCAGAGAGGAUUCUCCAAGAGGAGGACAUCGAGAAUCUGCUGACUGCUCAGCCUUGGGAGCCUCACAGCUCCCAACAAUGUUGUGCCGCAGGUGACCACAGCGACACCAGUGACGUGGAGCAAGACCAGGACUUUGUCUCCAGCGUUGUGUCGCAGCAGCACGGUCGCAGGGUGCACUGGGGUGCCCUGCCUAAACGCACAGAUGAAGACGAGAAAGGAAAAGGAGGGAAUAUUGAGAGGAGAGAGAAACAGAACAGAGAAGGGGGUGAGGAGGAGAUCGUGCAUCUUCAAAGUCAGAAAGCAGAGAAGGGAAAAAGGAGAGAAGAUGAGCAAGGAAAAGAGUCUCAUGCACUGAAAACAGAGAAUAGAACUGAUUCAGAAAAGCUGCAUGUCAGAAAUAUUGACCUGGCAGAGGAAAAAGACUCGCCAAAGGAAACCAGUGUGGAAGAGGUUAAAGAUAAGAUUGAUCUGUGCAGUUUGUCUGAGACAUUGACUCACGCUGUUUCCCUGCCUGUUGACUCAUCACCUGCAGAACAUGCAACACUGCUCAUCUCUCCUCCACUACUUACUGACUCACAACCCCCAGCAGAAAACAAACCUCUCUCCUCUUCAACAAUAACCACGGCUCAUCAGAGCAUCCACAGCACAACAAUGCCCGCCCAGCCAGGACUCGGCAUCACCCAGGUGGGUAUGAGUAAGAAAGGGGCAGCGGGGUUACGAGAUCUACUCAAGAACCACACUGCUGCACCCAAACCCGACUCCACCCGGCUGAAUCUCCUUGAAUGUUUGAGAAGAACCUUGAAGGAAUGGAGCACAGUCGAGACAUUGAAAUUCCUGUACGGUGGCGACCAUUCUCUAGGCUCUCCUUUUGCUGACCUAAAAAGUGAGAAUGACAACGGAGAGGAGGAGCUGGAUGAAGAUGACUUUGAAGAUGAGAUUUCUGUAGAGGAUUUAGAAGGGGCUGAUGCUGGGGCGCUUAAGAGGCCGUCUGCAGCAGCUCCAGACUAUAAGACACUGAGGGAGGAGACACAGCAGCUGGAGCUCAGAGUGAAGGAGCUUUAUAAAGGGAUGUGGCCUGAGGAGAUAGAGGCACCAAAUGACAACAAGGUGACAGUCCAGGACCAGGACCCAAGAGACCCAGCUCUGCCACUUGUUGACUCUCAAGCUCAGCACCUCAUCCAGAAACAAAUCACAGCGGAGAAGCUCACCAACUGUCUCAAAAACAUUGUGGGUCCGCUGCAUCUCACCAUGAGUGACGUCUCUUCUGACCUGAACAACCUGGUCAAGACGUUCAGGUCAGUUCAGCGAACACAGACUCCGAUGCAUCCUGUGACCUGUCUACCAGCACUAGGACACACAUCAACUGUCCUUACACAACAUUUUUUUGUCCACUAG